AUGGACGGAACGCAGCAGUCAAAUAAGGCCCAUCGAGGUGGUACUAGAAAGACCACUGCUAAACAGAAAUUGCAUCAACAUGGACAUAAUCAGAAGGCAUUUGCGGUAACGGCGCCAAGGAAGUUGGAAAGAAUGGCAAAGAGAACACAUGAUGUUAACGAGAAGAAGUUACAUGUUCCAAUGGUAGAUAGGACGCCAGAUGAUGAUCCUCCACCAGUUAUUGUAGCCGUGGUAGGACCACCAGGUACUGGUAAAUCAACGUUAAUCAAAUCAUUAAUAAGAAGACUUGCAAAGACUUCAUUAACAGAAAUUAAAGGGCCAAUUACCGUUGUGAGUGGUAAGAGAAGAAGAUUGACGUUUAUUGAAGUGGGAAAUGAUUUGAACUCAAUGGUCGAUGCGGCCAAAAUCGCUGACUUGGUCUUGUUACUUGUGGAUGGUAAUUUUGGGUUAGAAAUGGAAACCAUGGAAUUCUUGAAUAUUGCUCAGCAUCAUGGUAUGCCUAGAGUUUUGGGUGUUUCCACACAUUUAGAUUUAUUUAAAUCUCAGUCUACUUUAAGAACGUCGAAGAAGAGAUUGAAGCACCGUUUUUGGACUGAGGUUUAUCAAGGUGCUAAGUUGUUUUACUUAUCGGGGGUUAUAAAUGGUCGUUAUCCUGACAGAGAAAUCCUUAAUUUAAGUCGUUUCAUAUCAGUCAUGAAAUUCAGACCUUUGAAAUGGAGAAACGAGCAUCCUUACUUAUUAGCUGAUAGAGUAACCGACCUUACCCAUCCUCAAGAAAUUGCUGAAAAUCCAAAAUGUGACAGAAAAGUGGCAAUUUAUGGUUAUUUGCAUGGGACACCAUUACCGUCUGUGAACGCUCAUGUUCAUAUUGCAGGGGUAGGGGAUCAUUAUGUCCAUUCUGUUGAAAAAUUACCAGAUCCUUGUCCAACUCCAUACUUUGAACAGAAAUUAGAUGAAAUAGAAAGAGAGAAGGCAAAACUUGCUGCCGAGUCGGGUGAAAUCCAAGCAAAAACAACAAGAAGACGUAAAAGGUUAGAGGAUAAACAAAAAAUUAUUUAUGCCCCCAUGUCUGAUGUGGGUGGUGUUUUAGUCGAUAAGGAUGCAGUAUAUAUUGAUAUGGGAGAUAAAGAAAAUUUCGUUAAAGGAGAGGAAGCAGGAGAAGGAGAAAAGUUAGUCACCGAUUUACAAGAGGUGCAAAAGACAAUGAAAGAAAGAUUCGAAGAUGGCCCUGGUUUAAGAUUAUUUUCCUCUUCUAAGGAAAUAAAUCGUAAUGAAGAUGAAGAUGAUGAAAGCGAGGAUUUGUUGUCAGACUUAGAGGAUAAUGAAUCAGAAGUAACUCCUAAGAAUACAGGAAGAACGUCUAUGAGAUCUGCACGCCUUUAUGGCAAAUCUUUAGCAGAAGAUGAUGAAUUUGACAAUGAUUUAUCGGAUGACGAAGAACGUGGCUAUGAUUCAGAAUCCGGUGAACCUAAAUUAGUUGAAGUAGAUUUCAACGAUGAUAAAUAUAAUGAAAAGGAAUUGGAAUUUGCUGAAGACUCAUAUUUGUCCUCUGAUGAAGAAAAUAGUAAUGACUACAAAUCAGCUGCUUCUAGAUUGAAUGGUUCAAUUCAAAGAAAAUGGAACAUCAACAAAUUAUUAUACUUGCAGAACGUUGACCCUUCCGAUGCCAUUAAAAAAUGGAAAGCUACAAAUGUUGAAGAGGAUAGCGAUGAGGAAGAUAUUGAAGAAGAUGAUGAUGCUUUCUUCCACAAGAAAGACAUUAGGGAUGCAUCUCAAGAUUUAGAUCAAUUUAUACCUUCUUAUCCCCCACUCGAGCAACUUAAAGAGAAAUUCAAUGCCUCUACCGUUGACGAUGAAGAUGAUGACGAAGAAUAUGAAAACGGGUACAGAAUAUUAAAAUCUAAAUUUCUAGCUGCGCCUAAAUUAAAUGAGGAGAACAAAGAUGGCCAAGAGGAAGCAAACGAUGAAGAUGAAGGAGAAGUAUAUGGCGAUUUUGAAGAUUUAGAAUCAGGAGAUUCUGAUAAAAAUGCAAAUAAAAAGGUCGAUCAGAAUAACGAUGAUGAGUUUGCAGACUUUGAUGCGGAAGAAGAGAAGGCAGAACUUGGAUUGGACGAAGAGGAGGAAGAUAAGGAAGAAUAUGAAGAACCUGAAAAUUUAACAACAGAAGAAAAGAGAAGAAUAAAUGCAGCUAACAAGGCAAAGUUAAAAGUACAAUUUGAAGAUGAAGAAGAUCGCGAGUUUGGAGUUGAUGACCCAGAAGGCGAUACUGAGGCUGAUACAUGGUACGAAUUCCAGAAAAAUAAGAUGGCGAAACAAUUAGAAAUAAAUAAAGCCGAAUUUGAUGAGAUGGAUUCUGCUACUAGAAUCAGAAUUGAAGGUUAUAAAGCAGGUUCAUACGUGAAGCUAGUAUUUUCUAAUUUACCGUGUGAAUUUGUCGAAAAUUUACAGCCAGAAUAUCCAAUUGUAUUGGGAGGUUUAUUAGCAACAGAAUCCAGAUUUGGUAUUAUGAAUGUUAGAAUAAGAAGACAUCGUUGGCAUAAAAAGAUCUUGAAAUCUCAAGAUCCGUUAAUUUUAUCUUUGGGGUGGAGAAGAUUUCAAACAUUACCAAUAUAUACUACAUCCGACUCCAGAACACGUAAUAGAAUGCUUAAGUAUACACCAGAGCAUGCCUACUGUUUUGCAUCUUUUUAUGGGCCAUUAGUUGCACCAAAUACAACAUUCGUUGGUUUCAAUAUUGUCUCAAAUUCAUCAACAACGGGUUCAUUUAGAAUUGCUGCAACAGGAAUUGUCGAAGAUUUAAAUUCAUCGGUUGAGAUUGUAAAGAAAUUAAAAUUAGUUGGUCAUCCUUACAAGAUUUUCCGUAAUACUGCAUUUAUAAAAGACAUGUUUUCAAAUUCUUUGGAAGUUGCUAAAUUUGAAGGAGCAUCCAUUAGAACCGUUUCUGGUAUAAGAGGUGAAAUUAAGAGAGCAUUGUCUAAACCUGAGGGUCACUUCAGGGCUUCGUUUGAAGAUAAGAUUCUUAUGUCGGACACUAUUUUCUUAAAGACAUGGUAUCCCGUCAAGGUUAAGAAGUUCUACAAUCCUGUUACUUCGUUAUUAUUAAGUCAACAUUCUGAAUGGCAAGGUAUGAGAUUGACAGGCCAGGUUAGAGCAGAACGUGCCAUUGCAACUCCAUUAAAUGCUGACAGUGCCUACAAGAAGAUUGAAAGAACUGAAAGGAAAUUCAACCCGUUGAGAGUUCCAAAAUCAAUCAAAACCGCUUUACCUUUCAAAUCUCAAAUUCAUGAAAUGAAACCUCAAAAGAAACCAACAUAUAUGUCAAAGAGAGCUGUUGUCUUGGGCGGCGAGGAAAAGAAGGCUAGAGAUUUAAUGCAAAAGAUCGCUACUGUUAGAAAAGAGAAAGAAACGAAGAGAAAGACAAAGAAGGAUGAGAAGUUUAAAGAUAAAUUGAAAGCCAUGGCAAAGAAGCAGGAAAUUAGAAAAGAAAAAGAAAAGGAACGUAAAAAGGAAUUCUUUUCAAAAGAAGGUAAGAAAAGAUCUUUGGGCUCCAGUGAAGGCAAUCGUGAAGCUUUUGGAAAGAAAAAGCGUAUAUAA